AUGGUAGAGGAUGUGAAGUCAACUUUCUUCCAGUUUGGCGCCUCCAUCCAGCAGGAGGCUCUGCUCAUGCUCAACAUCAUGGAGGAGUACGACUGGCACAUAUUCUCCAUCGUCACGUCGAAGUUCCCCGGCUACCAGGAGUUCAUCAACAUCCUCAAGACCACCGUGGACAACAGUUUCGUGGGAUGGGAUCUGCAGAAUAUCAUCAUUCUGGACGCCGUGGAGGAGGACAGCCGCUCUCAGAUCAUGCUCAAGAAGGUCCAGUCCCCGGUGGUCUUGCUGUACUGCUCCAAAGACGAGGCGGUCUACAUCCUGGAGGAGGCUCGCUCCCUGGGCCUCACCGGGUUCGGAUACAUCUGGAUCGUGCCGUCCAUCACGACGGGGAACCCCGAGAUCACGCCCGAAGAGUUUCCAUCGGGGAUGAUUUCGGUUUCGUACGACGACUGGGACUACCCGUUGGAGGCGCGAGUCCGGGACGGUCUGGGCAUCAUAACGUCCGCCGCGGCGGCCAUGUUGGAGGAGUACGGGGACAUCCCUGAAGCCAAGACGUCCUGUUAUGGUCAGAUGGAGAAGACGAGCAAGCUGCCACCCAGUGCGCUGCACAAGUAA